GAUUUCAAAUUGCUUUCUCUUCACAUUAUUUCGCUUCUUUUCACCUCAUUCUUCACCUUCAUCACAAAACCACCUAAAUCGCUUUUGCUCCACCACCUACAAAAACAUAAAAUCUUUAGCCAGACCCAUUUCCAAUCCUCAACUUUUACUGAAGCUAUCAAGAAAGGAGUUUCUUUGUAUCCUCUUGCCCGUCCCCGUACACUCAGUCAAGAAAAUAAGUGUGGUAGAUGGAAUUCACAAGCUCCAGAGUCAAUGUUCCAGACUCUAGACAAUCGUCAAAGCGGCUUCUGUUUGACCGCCGCUAUGGAUGGAAUUGAUGAGUGGAAAGACCCGGCAGAGGUAGCAUUGGAUGGAGGCCGAGGAAUGUUUUGCUUAUUGCCCCUUGCCAAAGCUUUGGUGCAGAAGGCCUCACAGUCGAUAAAUCUGGUGGCAAUCUCAGUCAUCAAAGCUUCAGAAAAGCCACAGUUGUUUUCCAAUCAGAUGUUGCAGAGUGCUAUAGAUGACGGUGUUCAGAGUUUUAUGACAUCUUUGAAAAACGUGGGGAGUAAAGGUUUCAUCCUCAACAAGAAUUCUCAGUCACAAGUUUCCAAUAGCUCUUCCCACUUACAUAUAGAAAGCAAUGAAUGAUAAGGGCACGAAGUUAUCUCUGUCCUCAAAAGUUAGUGUUCUAUAACAACUAUGCUAAAAUGCUUUAUGAUAAUUGUCAUGAUGUAGAAUUGUUGGUGAUUCAGGAGAAAAAUAUUCUAAUACAUGCAUCCGAUGCAUUUUAUCAUCUAUACCUCCUAUUAACUCAAUUCUAUAAUCAUGCAAUGU